AUGAAUCAGUCCGUGGUGGACACACUCGGAGCCGCACCAAUAUCCGGACCUGACGAAAGGGCGCGCCUAAUCGUAGCCAGUUCACCUACUCAGCCUGAAAAGGCAAAACCAGACGAACGUGGUAGCGCAGACAUGAGUCUCAGUCUAGAGCGACAGUUGAGGCCGGGGAGGAUACUGGACACGGCUGAACAAGAAAACCAGCUUGAGGCAACAGCUGAUGCCAAUACGUGGACGGUUAACAGCUCCACCACACGAAGAAAAAAACCCGACGGACGGACCCCAGAGUCACCUCCGUCACCCGUAGGCAGUAGUACGAAUUGA